AUGUUUCCUUCGUCAGCGGCGAUGCUGAAGAAUCUGCAACAAAGUGCAAUGACCUCGCCUUUUUUAAUGGAGAACUUGCUUCAGAGCAAGGCGUCGCCCGGUGCGGACCUGACCAGCUUGACCUUGAACUGGGCGGCGAGUCUGGUAGCGAGACAGCGUGAACGGGAAUGCGAGGCGAACCUGAGGAUCACCAGAGAGAAAGUCUCGCCGUCGAGCGCGAAUCAGGAUCAGCUGGAUCAGCGAUCGGCCACCGGCGCACGUGGCGUUGAUCGUGCAAGCUCGAUGAUCGACUGCAGGGACCAUCAACGAGGAUCCUCGGUGAGGAUCGACCGACAGAACGAUCGGAUGCACAUUCUACGCGAGAAGGACGGCAUGGAGAGGAGCCAGAUCACGUACGUGGACGUGGACAACGAGAGGAUCGACGGCCACGUAAUCGUGGAUCGUCUCUGCGCGAUGGAGAGGCUCUGUAACGAGAGGAUCGAGAACCGAUCGAGCUCCGCAGUGGAUUCGUGCAACUCGAACGUCGACGAGGAUCUGACCAGCAUCGAGAUGGACGGAGGACUUCAAGGCGAGAGGGAAAAGGACGACGGGAUUCUAGGAGGAGGUGAACGCGUGACGGCGUUACAGCCGGACAGGCGGUACGACCUUGGAUGCAGAAACGUCAUGCACACGUCCGAUGAGAUGACGAUUCAAGGGGAGAGAGAGGUGGCGGUCGAGCGUGUCGUCGACAGGAUAGGUGAGAGAACGACCGCCUGUUCCUGCGGCGACGAGCAGUGCUUAGGACCCGCAUGCAGGACCAUCCAGGAGAAGGAGAAGCCGCAGCUCAAGUUCAGCGUCAACGCUAUACUCGGCGGCAAUCAUGACAGGCGACCGCAUUCAGGAUAUGCCGAUUCUUCGAGAAGAGUGGAAAGUAAAAUAUAUCAAAGCGAUUCACACGUACCGAAUAUCCGUAGUAUUUAUACCGGAGGUGUUGAAGCGUGCGUCAACAAGAGGUCGGGCUCAGAGCCUGGAGCUGUUGAGGAGGAGAAUUUUCAAGGACUUCCGCCGGAAGCGAUACCGGCUUUCCUGCAAAAUCUGCAAAAUUCGGCGAGUUACAACAUCGCGAAACCGAUCGCCAGACCGGCGGCUUAUCAUCCUUAUCAUAGGCCGAGCCAUCAGCCGCCUCAGCGUCAUUUACCCCCUAAUGCGCAUCACACGUUGCAACAAUUGUUCUACAGGGGACCUUACUUAACA